AUGGCUACAGAGCAGGAAGUAUUCCAGGGUUCGGCAUUGUCUUCGGACACCCAGAUCCCCAAGGAAGCUCAGAAAUACGAGGAAGUAGAAUCCAGCGCUGGCCCUCCUGCCAACGAUGCCAAAGACGAAAGUUACGAUAACAUCGACUAUCCUCCGCCAUGGAAGUGGGAGAGAUUCUUCAUCGGAGGCUACAAUCAGAGUCGCAUGUUCAAGUUCAAGAAGCCCAAGACCAUGUACAACGCUAUCAACCUCUUUGCGGGUGUAGCCAUCAUGUUUUACGGUUAUGAUCAAGGUGUAAUGUCGCAAGUCAACCUGAAUGAAGACUACUGGAAUCAUAUGGGUAUCAAUUCCCCGAUGGGCAACUCCCGAAACGUUGCUGCCGAGGGUGGAAUUGUCUCUGUUUACUACGGUGGCACCCUCAUCGGAGCACUUAUUGCUGGAUCGCUAGCCGAUCGCGCCGGACGCAUAAAGGCUGUAGUAUUCGGGUCUAUGUGGGCUCUACUAGGUGCUGUACUACAGGCUUCCGCACAAAACAUCGCCUGGAUGUGCUGUGCUCGUGUUAUCGCUGGGAUAGGAGUGGGUGCUAUCGACUGCGUCAUUCCCGUCUGGUCUGCGGAAGUCUCUAGCCACUCUGCAAGAGGCACUUUCCUGGCAGUAGAAUUCUUCAUGAAUAUUGGCGGUCUCGCUCUAGCUUACUGGAUUGAAUACUUCGCAUACCUCAACCCCAACAAAUCCAUGGCGUGGCGUACACCUCUCGCUCUUCAAAUCAUCUUCAUCAUUAUUAUUGGCGUUGGCGUGAAUUAUUUUCCGGAAUCUCCGAGAUGGCUCAUGAAGGUCGGUCGCGAAGAAGAGGCACAAAACGUCCUUAAAGCUACCCGUGAAGGGGAUGUGCAACAUGAAUUGAAGGAGAUCAAGAAGGUCGUCAAGUUCGAGCUGGAGACCUCCACAGCAAACCACUACUGGGCGAUGUUAUUCCCAAAGGACAAGUAUUCCAGGGGCUUGCGAUGGCGGGUCUUCCUCGCUGUCUGGCUUCAGAUCAUGCAAGAACUUGUUGGAAUCGGCGUGAUCACCGUCUAUGCGAUUGAUCUCUUCGAGGACGCUGGUUUUGGUGAGGAGCUUAGCAAGUUGUUGGCAGGUUUCAACAAUUUGAGCUACAUGCUCUCUGUGAUCUUCGCUGUCUAUACCUUGGACAGAUUUGGUCGUAGAUCAACCAUGGUCUGGGGCUCCGUCGCCAUGGCUCUUAUCCUCCUUGUUGCCGGAAUCCUGGACAAGUUUGCACAGGUCAAAGGACCCAACCAACACGCCUACGGCGCUGGAGUCGCGGCCUUCACCUUCCUUUACACUGCCACAUUUGGAGCUACGUGGUUGACCACACCCUGGCUUUACCCUACGGAAAUAUUCCCUCUCAACGUACGUGCAAAAGGUGGUGCUUGGUCCGUUGUUGGCUGGUCAAUUGGAAACGGCGUCAUCACCAUGAUCACGCCAUUCCUUUUCCAAGCGAUAAGUUACGGAACUCUGCUGUUGCUUUUCGGGCUCAAUAUCUUCUGCUUGCCAUUCGUGAUACUCAUGUACCCUGAAACCUCGGGCCGGAGUCUGGAGCAGAUGGAUGCUUUCUUCGAGAACGGAAACAGUUGGAAUGUCUUCAAGGCCAGCCGUAAUAUCAAAGAUGCAGGAAUUGAGGAUUGGCGCUGGACCAAGAAGAUGCAAGAGGAGGACUUUGAAGAGUUGGAGCAGGGAGGGAAGACAAGCAAUGCGGGAAGAAGUCCGAAGGAGGACGAGAAAGAUGCGAGGCUUAGUUGGAAAAAGAGGCCUGCAUACACUUUUAGGCGCAAGGCUUCGAAUGCUGGACUCAUGUAA